AAGUAGGCGGGUGCUUCCGGUGUCAUGGCGAGGGACUGGGUGUCCUGAGCGCGCUGCUGAGAAUCUUGUAACUUGAUAGGCCACCUCUGUGCCUGGUGUCGGCCGCACGCUGCAUAGGAAGGACUCUAAAGACCGCCAUGGAGGAAAUGACCUUUGAGGAUGUGGCUGUGAACUUUACCAUGGAGGAGUGGGCUUUGCUUAAUCCAUCCCAAAAGAAGCUCUACAGACAUGUCAUGAGGGAAACUUUUAGGAACAUGGCUGCUAUAGGAAGAGUCUUGGAUAACCAGGAAGUUGAAGAAGAGUACAAAAAUUACUGGAGAAAUCUAAGAAAUGAAGUUGAGAAAUGCUAUCAAAAUAAAUGUUGGAAUCAAUAUGAGGAAAUAUUCCUUUGGACUCCAGAUGCUAAUGUAGACAUGAAACAAGCUGGCUUAAAACCAGCUGAAGGCCUUGCUUGUGGAAAGCCCCUCAUUGGGCAUUUGUCACUAAAUACGCCCAUCACUGCUCACACUGGACUAAAGACGUCGGAGUAUUUGGAAUCGGAAGAGAAGCUGCAUAUAUGUAAUAAACAUGGAAGAUCCUGCCGUGAUUUCCAGUCCAUUCAGAAGGAUGCAAGGACAAAGACUGAAGAAAAACCCUACAAAUAUGAUCCAUGUGGGAAAUCCUACUCUGAUCUUAGUGAAAGAACUCACUGUAGAGAGACCUUUGUAUAUAAGGAAAGUUUUAAAGCCUCCAGUAUACCCAAUGAUGGUCAGAUCCAUGAAAGAAAUCACAACGGAGGGAAACCCUAUGUAUGUAAGCAAUGUGGGAAAACUUUUAGUACACAAAAUUGUUAUAAAAAACAUGAAAGAACUCACAGUAGGGGGAAGCCCUAUGUAUAUAAGCAAUGUGGGAAUGCUUUUGGCACACACAGUGUAUAUAAAAUACGGGAAACAACUCACACUGGAGAGAAACCCUAUGUAUGUAAGCACUGUGGAAAAGCUUUCAGCAUGCGUGGUACAUGUCAAAGACAUGAGAAAACUCACAGUGGGGAGAAACCUUAUGUAUGUAAGCAAUGUGGGAAAGCUUUCAACAGGCACAGUGAAUGUAAAAUACAUGAAACAACUCACAGUGGGGAGAAACCCUAUAUAUGUAAGCAAUGUGGGAAAGCUUUUACUGGACGAUAUUACUGUAAAAUGCACGAAACAACUCACAGUGGGGAGAAGCCCUAUGUAUGUAAGCAAUGUGGGAAAGCUUUUAGUGCACAAUAUCAUCGUAAAAUGCAUGAAAGAAAUCAUAUUAGAGAAAAACCGUAUGUAUGUAAGCAGUGUGGGAAAGCUUUCAGCAUGCGUGGUACUUGUCAAAGACAUGAAAGAACUCACACUGGGGAGAAACCCUAUGUAUGCAGUCAGUGUGGAAAAGCAUUCAGCAUGCGUGGUAUUUGUCAAAAACAUGAAAGAACUCACACUGGGGAGAAGCCCUAUUUAUGUAAGCAAUGUGGGAAAGCUUUUAAUACACAAGGUUCUUGUCAAAGACAUGAAAGAACUCACAGUGGGGAGAAACCCUAUCUGUGUAAGCAAUGUGGGAAAGCUUUCACUACACAAAAUUACUGUAAAAUACAUGAAAGAACUCAUAGUGAGGAGAAACCCUAUGUUUGUAAGCAGUGUGGUAAAGCUUUUAGCAUGCCUAAAUCUUGUCAACGACAUGAAAGAACUCACACUGGGGAGAAGCCCUAUGUAUGCAAACGAUGUGGAAAAGCUUUCAGUGUGCGUAGUACCUGUCAAAGACAUGAAAGAACUCACACUGGGGAGAAACCCUAUGUAUGUAAGCAAUGUGGGAAAGCUUUUACUAUACAAAAUUAUUGUAAAAUGCAUGAAAGAACUCACACUGGGGAGAAACCCUAUGUAUGCAGGAAAUGUGGGAAAGCUUUUACUACACAAAAUUAUUGUAAAAUACAUGAAAGAACUCACAGUGGGGAGAAACCCUAUGUAUGUAGGCAAUGUGGGAAAGCUUUUACUAUACAAAGUUAUUGUAAAAUGCAUGAAAGAAUUCACACUGGGGAGAAACCCUAUGUAUGUAAGCAAUGUGGGAAAGGUUUUAGUAAAGCUUAUCAUUGUAAAAGACAUGAAAGAACUCACACUUAGUGUUAAUUCUAUGUAUGAAAGCAGUGUGGGAAAGCUUUUGGCAUGCCUACUAAAGCUUGUCAAAGACAAAAACUUGCAGUGAGGAGCAAUUUUAUGUAUGUAAACAAUGUAAGGAUUAUACAGAUUAUUGUCUAAUAAAUGAAAGAAAUCUCACUGGAGAGAAACUAUAUAUAUAAGCCUAUUUUGAAAUUCCUGUGAAAGUUUCUCAUGUAGUGGAGAACUGCAGGAAUAAUUACUAUGAAAAGGUUAAUGUCAAUAUUUCUCCAUAAAAUUUCCAAAAAUACAAUCCCAGAUAGAAAUAUCCUAAAGUACCAUAUAUUUUGUGUUUCUCAGUAAAUCACUUAAAUAUCUGAAUUAUGUGUCUGUAGUACUUAAUAUAGAAAUGAAUUGACAGAACAGUAUUUUUAUGUAAAUAUCUUUGAGCUUAAUACAUUAUGUCUUAGUUAAGCAUGAUAAAUUGAAGUAUAUUUUUUACUUUCAAUUAGUGUUAGUAUUUAUGUAGUUUUUGUUUAGUCUUUACAAUUAGGAAGUAUAGGCCACUAAAAACUUAAUUUUGUUAAUUGCUUUUUGUUAAUUAUUGGGAUUUUCCCACUACCUUUUAAAUUUUUGAUGUAUAUAGUCUGUAUUCUGUGUAACAGGAGAUACUUUUAAUUUGAUGCCAUAUUUUAUAUUAAAAUAUUUUCAGAGACUUGUGAA